AUGUUUGUGAGCCAACUAGUCCGGCCACUGGCAUGGCUGGCUUUGGCAACCACGAUAGUGGCUGCCGACUCCUCCAGAACUGCAACUGCCACAUCUAAUGUAGCAUCAACGACACCAACUUCAACAACAUCCUCCUCGACCGGUAUCGCGACCCAUACGAUCCAGGUGGGACCCAAGUCAAAUCCACAUCAGUUUGAUCCACCCGAUAUUAAGGCCAAUGUGGGCGACAUUGUCGUCUUUGAAUUUUACCCAACGAACCAUUCUGUCGUAAAAGCAGAUUAUGGCGCUCCUUGUGUACCAGCAAGCGGGGACAUCUUUUAUUCCGGAGCCUUUGCAGAUUUCAACCUGCUUGAAGGACAACUCGUUGGACCCCCUCCAACAUGGUCUUUGCGAGUCAAUAAUACCGACCCCAUAUUCUUCUAUUGCACUGCAAUAGAUUCAUGCACAAAGAAUGGAAUGGUCGGAGCCAUCAACGGGAACGUAUCCCAGUCAUGGGAAACGCAAUACGCAAAAGCUCUGAAGUACCCUUACAUGCUAGUCCCAGGCCAGCCCAUGCCCGCCGAAGGAGACGGCGGGGGUAGCAGUUCCAGCGGUGACGACAAAAGCGGCGAUGAUAAGCACGGGCUCAGCACGGGGGCUAUUGCAGGUAUCGCCGUUGCAGCCGUGGUCUUCGUCGGCGUAUUGGUGGCAUUGUUCUUCGUUCUCGGUCGCAACCGCGUAUACUCUCGGUGGAUGUCCUCGGAAGAUGGACGUACCGAACGUACCGCACGCUGGGCCCUGUUCAACAAUGGUGACAACGGGAAAAGCGAAGUUGGAAGUUCUGUUCCUACCCACAAAUCAGGCCCUAUCGACAUGACCGCCGUCUCGAGUCCAGAUCCGACUGUACGUACAUUAUCACCUGGAGUGGGAGUUCACUCGGGUCCUGGUUCGCCGUCGACGCAGCAGGGCCACUGGAGCUGGAAUGAGCCUAUUCCACGUACCCGUGCAAGCGCGAUCGCUACAGAGCUGGAGGGUCAUCCAAUUAUCUGGGAGGCACCAGGGAGCACUCCAGGAAAUCGGUUCUGA